AUGUCGUUCUUGUUUGGCAGGGCUCGGACACGCACAGUCGCUGAUCUACCCAAACAAGCCCGCGAACAUGUCUUGAAGCUUGAUGGGCCACAGGGCCCGUCCAAGGCCGAAGAGCUUGCUCGAGUUCUGAGCCAAAUGAAGACAAUCCUUCAAGGCACUCCUGAGGCCGAUACAUCACCAGAACAGAUUUUGCAGCUCGUGACUGGGCUUAUCGACGAGGAUCUCCUUCACCUUCUCGCUGUCAAUCUAUUCCGCCUGCCAUUCGAAUCACGUAAAGACACACAGGUAAUCUUCUCCUACGUCUUCCGCUUCCGUCCCGCCACCGCCGCCCCAAAGAGUGACCCCCUUGCUCUCUCGUACGUUGUGUGCAAUCGUCCUCAAGUCCUGGUCGAGCUAUGUCGAGGCUAUGAUCACAAGGAGAGUGCUACGCCAGCGGGUUCUGUUCUGCGAGAGUUGCUUAAGAAUGAAGCAGCGGCUGCUAUUAUUUUGUACGAUGACGGAGACGAGCCCGGCUCAAGUUCUAAGGGACUCAACGCCAUUGACCGUGACCGGCCUCAGAGUGGUAGAGGCGUGUUCUGGAGAUUCUUCGAGUGGGUAGAUAAGAGCUCCUUUGAGGUGGCAGCUGAUGCUUUCACCACAUUCCGGGAACUCCUAACACGUCACAAGGAUCUCGUGCCGAGGUACUUGUCCGCGAAUUUUGAUCUUUUCUUCGCCAAAUACAACAAUAUCUUGGUCCAAUCCAACAGCUACGUAACCAAGCGUCAAUCCAUAAAGCUCCUGGGUGAGAUCCUGCUGGAUCGCUCCAACUAUAGCGUAAUGACUGCUUACGUUGACCGUGGCGAGCACCUUAAAAUAUGCAUGAACCUCUUGCGCGAUGACAGGAAAAUGGUUCAGUACGAGGGGUUUCACGUAUUCAAGGUCUUCGUUGCCAACCCACACAAGUCUAUCGCUGUCCAGAAAAUUCUUCUCAUGAAUCGCGAUAAGCUUCUCACAUUCCUUUCUCAUUUUCUCGAGGAUCGGACAGAUGACGAACAAUUCAUUGACGAGAGAGAGUUCUUGAUCAAGCAAAUUCGCAACAUGCCGCCCGUUCCUGUCCCUCCUCAGCGGUAA